GUUGGGAGCGGGAGAAGUGGCGCGCGGCACCAGACUGGCACGAUGGAAUUCAUGGCGAUUGAGGUGCUGCUUAAUAUCGAUCAUACCUAUCGGCAUGAUCUCGAGUCGUUCUUCUAUGUGCUUAUCUGGCAAUGUGCCCGUCAUGGUUGGGAAAAAUUAAAUGAGCUACAGGGACACGGACAGGACCCGCCCAAAGACAGCAUGCUGAGAGAAUGGUAUACUGGAACUUAUAAGAAAAUUGCAACUUAUAAAAGAGGUAACAUGGAAGCUGGCGGAUUUGAGUAUCUUUUGCAGGAGUUUCCGCCGGAUUUCGAGCGCGUCAAGCAUCUUUGCAGGACCAUACGAGGUGUACUGUUUCCUUAUGGGAAGGAAGGACUUAUUGUUGGAACGCCGCAAGUCCCACAGAGACUAUAUGAUCCUAUCAUUAAGGCAGGUGGCCGCAGCCCAAAAGGCAUUGUUGGUUUCCAGAAGCUUUUUGAUUCUGAGAAAAUGCCACUGCAAUAG